GUUGCUGGUUAGGAUUGAAGUUUAACUUCAACCAAUGGCAGUGCGUCUUCUGGAUUUGCGACUCCUGAGUGGUCAGAACUGACCGCUGACGUUUCGCUGAAUAACUACCAAUCAGAAACAAGACUUGAACUCUUCGCCUUAUUUGCAUAAAGGAGUCUAUAUAAAAUCGUCGUGUCAUACCUCGCUCAUACUCUUUUUCUUGGGCGCUUUUUAGCUAGUCUGAGCGAUGCCAGAGCCAGCGAAGUCCGCUCCCGCCCCGAAGAAGGGCUCCAAGAAGGCGGUGACCAAGGCGCAGAAGAAAGACGGCAAGAAGCGCAAGCGCAGCCGCAAGGAGAGCUACUCCAUCUACGUGUACAAGGUGCUGAAGCAGGUGCACCCCGACACCGGCAUCUCCUCCAAGGCCAUGGGGAUCAUGAACUCCUUCGUCAACGACAUCUUCGAGCGCAUCGCGGGCGAGGCUUCCCGCCUGGCGCAUUACAACAAGCGCUCGACCAUCACCUCCAGGGAGAUCCAGACGGCCGUGCGCCUGCUGCUACCUGGGGAGCUGGCCAAGCACGCCGUGUCGGAGGGCACCAAGGCCGUCACCAAGUACACCAGCGCUAAAUAAGCAAGAUGGGUCACCAGCAGCUGUACUGGAGCCACUCAUGACAACUGGGCCAGGGUUCUCACUCUUGUCUUGACUGUUCAAACCAGCACGGUCUCAUCUGGAAAUAAGGCCUCAACAUAAGCCUCCAGUGUUUGCGUCAGAAUGCGAAGGAUUCAAGUUGGACUGAAUGAUCUUCCUUCUAAGGAUUAUCCAAGACAUCUACCAUGAAAAGCCAUGAUAGUCCUUUGUACAUAAAAUAAACAUUUAAAUAUAUAUAUAUAUGA